CAGGAGCACGUGGGGAGAAGGGGGUUUCAUCCAAAGGUGCGGAGCACGCGGCAUUCCGCGCGUGACAUUCAGGUGAGAGCAGCUCGAGACUCAAACCGGACCAGUGCGGUGUUCGUUGUGUUGACAUGUGGGCGCGAGGUGUGCUGUGCGCGGCGCUGCUGUGCGCGUUGAGUCCCGCGCGCGCGACGGAAGCCGUGAGGGACGACAGAGAAGUUCAGGACUCUCGCUACAACUCCAACAGACUGCUCGGAGCGCUGCAUGAAGUUCUGGAGCGGCUGCAGACCAAGAGGACCAACCCUUGGGAGAAGAAGUUCGGCCAGGUCCCCUCUUGCGAUCUCGGGGAGCACUGCGCCAUCAGGAAAGGCUCUCGCAUUGGGAAGAUGUGCGACUGUCCCCAAGGAGCUUUCUGCAACUUCUUCCUGCUGAAGUGCUUAUGAGCCAGCGGCUCAGAGCAGACCACCUAGAGCCCCUGUGUCCGUAUCUGAUUAAAAGUGUUUUGCUCCAA